AACUUAUACUUUCGUUAUCGAAUCAAUUCAAGUGUAAAGUAAUAUGUGGAAGAGAAUAAAAUAUUUUUCUAAAUUUUUUAUCAAAAAUAGAGAAAGUAGAAAUAUUUCUAGACAUAUGACGACAAGUACAUUAAAUUCCGUAAAUGAAACGACGAAAAUUGAAUCAAGGAACGAAAAAUUAAAAUAGAUGAUGUAGAUAUCAACUACCUUAGAACUGGAAUAGGGAGCCAUCCAGUACUUUUAUUACCAGGAGCUAUGGGGUCGAUAUGGACAGAUUUUAAACCACAAAUCGAUUAUCUUGAUAAAAGAAAAUUGACUAUUAUUUGCUGGGAUGCUCCAGGGUAUGGAAAGUCUAGACCACCAAACCGAACAUUUCCAUUAGAUUUUUUUAGACGUGAUGCUGCUUGGGCUUGUAAUCUAAUGAAAACUUUGGGUUAUGAAGAGUUUUCUUUACUUGGAUGGAGCGACGGUGGAAUUACAGCACUUAUUUUAGCUGCAAACUAUUCAAAAAAUAUUCGUAAAUUGAUUGUUACUGGCACCAAUGCAUAUAUUGCACCAGAAGAAUUAAAAAUAUACGAAAAAAUAAGAAAUAUAGAUUCGUGGUCAAACAAAAUGAAAACGCCAUUUAUUUCUUUGUAUGGUGAGGAAUACUUUAGAAGAAUUUGGAGUGAUUGGGUUGAUGGAAUGAAAAACAUUUAUGAUGAAAAGGAUGGUGAUAUUUGCAAGAGCGAUUUACCAAAGAUCAAAUGUCCAACUUUAAUAAUACAUGGGAUAAAAGAUGCUGUGGUUCUUCGAGAACAUCCAGAUUAUUUAAAAGCAAAUAUUAGUAAUUCAAGGAUGGAGAUUUUUCAGGCUGGGGCACAUAAUCUACAUUUACGAUAUCCAGAUGAAUUCAAUGCAUUAGUCAGUCAAUUUCUUACAGAAUAAAUUUUCAACAUUUUCAAAUACCAUUUUAGACAAUAAUGUAAAAAUGAAUUUACAUUG